CACCAUUGAUAUCGCGAGAUGAGCGAUCGCUCUUAUCGUUAUCAAUAGAAGUCCUCUUUGGAAGCCGGUAGCACAGCGGCAUUUGCACAUAAGCCUUUGUAGGCAGCACGCGGAAUCCUUGAGGCUCGCACACACGGUGCGCGCGCGCUCCUUCAGUGGACAGGGUAACGAUGAGACGGUAAUAGCUCCGCGAAAUACCUCAUUACCUGGGUGAUCUCAACAGACAUUUUUUGAAUACAGUGAGAGUGUGAAAUAUUUAUUUGCUAACAUGGGUCUAGACUUCUUGGAACAUGGAGCCGAUUUCGAGGCGGCUAUAUCUGCCACUGGCUUCGGUCGGUUUCACUUCUGCCUGUUGGCGGUCACGGGGCUGAUCUAUGCGAAUACUGCCAUCGGCAUCACCAUAGUGUCGUUCGUGCUGCCUGCAGCCACGUGCGACUUUCGAAUGACCUCUGCUGAUAAGGGUUGGCUCACUGCUGCGCCUAUGUUGGGUAUGGUUAUCGGUUCCUACUUCUGGGGUUGCUUAGCUGACACCAAGGGCCGUAAAAUAGUGCUGGUUUCCACACUACUGAUCGAUGGGUUCAUCGGAAUCGUCUCUUCCUUCGUCCAAAUCUUACCAAUCUUCAUGGCUUGCCGAUUCGUCAACGGUUUUUCGGUUGCCGGUGCCAUGGGUAUUUGUUUCCCAUACUUGGGAGAGUUUCAACAAACCAAAUACAGAGAGAAAAUUCUAUGCUGGAUGGAAAUGUUCUGGACUUUAGGCGUCAUUUUACUACCACUGAUAGCUUGGGGCAUCAUUCCCAUUACCGGUAUUCGUAUUGAAAGCGGUCCGUUCUCUUACGACUCCUGGAACUGGUUCGUCGCCGCUUGCGGCGUGCCGUCCCUGCUGCUUGGUUUCUGGCUCCUGACGUUCCCCGAGAGUCCCAAAUUCAUGAUGGAAUGCGGAGACUACGACGACGCCUUGUCGGUCCUAAAAGACAUCUACAGACAGAACACCGGCGACGACCCUGACAACUACCCUAUUAAAAGUCUGAAGGAGAAAGUGCGAACCGUGUCGGUGGCAUCUCAAAACUCACAGAAAUCCGUCCGUACCCUUAGCAUGCGCAAACGCAAAGACCUCAAGAGAUUGUUCAGUGAAAUUUGGGCCCAGACUAAGGCGCUCUGCAAGCCCCCCUACCUCAAAUAUACAAUACUCACAUGUAUCAUCCAGUUCGGACUGACCACCAGUUACUACACUCUCAUGAUCUGGUUCCCUGAAUUGUUCAACCGGUAUGAAGAAUUCGAGCACCGUUUCCCCAACACAUCAGCGUCUGUAUGCGAUGUGUCCGGCAUCGUGGUAGCCGAUGGAGAGAAUAAUGAUCCGUACGAUUGCCUUAAAACCAUCGACCAAAGUGUCUACAUGCACACCCUGAUCGUCGGUCUUGCCUGCAUCCCUACCUCUCUAUGGCUUCCCCUCUGUGUCCACAAGCUUGGAGCCAAAUUCUUCCUCAUUUUCAGUUUGGGUUUCGCCGGAGUGGUGACAGUCGGCUUGUACUUCGUGCAGAACUCGACACAGAACCUGGUGCUCUCAUGUAUCUUUGAAGCCCUCACCUCGCUGGCCAUCAGUUUAGUCUUCUGCGUGCUUGUUGAUUUGUUCCCCACGAAUCUUAGGGUAAUGGCUGCCGCGCUCUCGCUGACUGCCGGUCGAGGCGGCGGUCUCAUCGGCAACCUGUCCUUCGGCUACCUCAUCGACAUCAACUGUAUCGUGCCAAUCGUCGUCUUCUCGGCAUUCCUAUUCAUUGCUGCUAUACUGUGCUUCUUCUUGCCAAAGACAGGACAAGAAGCCCUAGACUAAACCGGAGCCAAACUCUAGAUAGUGCAAUUAGACUGUACUUAUGCAUUGCGUAGUAAGAAUUUUCGAUGUGGUUGUACAUAUCACUUAUGAUGUAAAUAUUGAGGACUAAGUAUUUAUUGAUGUGAAAGAAUCGGGCCACUGCGGAGGCGCAGACCAAUGAACUAUAAUGUUAGAUUAUAUUUUUCAGUAUCCUGUUGUGCGAAUAUGGUGCUAUUAUCCCUAAUAUGCCCUUCUUAUGCCGGGUAUUGUGAUUCAGUACUACAUACUUAUAUAAUUCUAAGAAAGAUUUAAACAUAGCAGUAUUUUUAGAGUUGACUGUGUAAUUAUUGUGCUAAUGCCUUAAAUUAUUAUUAUAAUUAAUAUUAAAGGUUGACUAUUUGCCUUAUUCAUUGGGUGUUUUAUUUAUUCAUACAUAGAUCAAAUUGUCGAAUAUUUCUGAAUACAAACAAAUACAAACUUUAUCACAAAAUAAAGCAUUUU